UUCUAACAUGCAGAAAAAACUGAAGUUGUCCUAUUUCCUCCUCGAGCACUAACGUGUGACUGCGUCCCCCAGCAGUCAUGGACAGUUCGUCAGUAUACAUGUGCUUCCCCUGCUACCAGGAAUUUAAUACCCUGGAAGAGGUCCUCAAGCACCAGUUGACAUGCACUGCAGAAGAUGAACAACCAGUCACACCAGGAGCCACCCCUGUCACCGUUCCAGUGCUGCAGUCACAGCAACAUGUAAUAAAUAUAUCCAGGACUGAUGCGGUCCCACAGAUUGCAGUCUCUCAGACAGAAAUCCCACAGAUUGCAGUUUCUCAGACUGAAGUCCCGCAGAUUGAACUCCACAUAGGACAUUCAUCUCCUGAUACGGGUGAACUCGGGGAAUUUGGAUCCGCCGAAAAGCAAGCAGCAGACCAGCCGAGAAUUCUCUACCAGUGUGGCGAUUGUGAUGAACUCUUCAGGAGUCUUGAACUAUGGCAACAUCACCGCAAAGAAGGAGUUUGCCAGCAGGUUGCUUCUCCGAGCAAGUCAACGCUUGAGUCACAAGUUGAGCCAGAAACAUCAACAGCUCUGAGCGAAACGUCGCCUUCAGAUCCAGAUUUUUCUUCUUUCUCGCAAAGUGAAAGUAGCAAAAAUCUUGAACUAGAAUCAGAGGCUAAAGCGCUUGAAAAUGCAGAGAACCAGGAGGUUGCACAGUCCUCUUCAUCUCAGAGCUCCGAGGCUCUUGUCGCUGAGGUGGCAGCUACAGUUUCUAAUUCAGAUGAUUUGUCUCCGAGGAGGAGAGGGGCAAACAAGAAGCCUAAGCCGGAACCUGUGCUAUUAUGCGUGGACUGUGGUUCAUGUUUUGGCCUGGUGUCUGAACUUGUGGCCCAUCGCAAAACCCAGCAUGGCUUUGAGGAAGCUCUGCACCGCUGCUCUGUUUGUGGGGAAAGCUUUCUGAAUACCACCCUGUUCCUCUAUCACCGCAAACAACACCGACAGAAGGGCGAAGAAAAGGUAGUCAUGCUUCCCGAAGUGACACCAGAAGAUGUUUAUAGCCAGAGCAAUGGGGCUGGUGAGCAGGAAGCCACACCUUCCACCGACUGUCAGAUCUCCACAUACACACAGCCCGAGUUGUUCUUUUGCACCCUCUGUGGGCAGAGCUUCAGCAACGAUCAAGGGCUAGUCACGCACCGUAAGGAGAAGCAUGGCCUCAGUGAGCCACUGCACACUUGUUCCCUCUGUGGGGAGAGCUUCAUGAACACCACUCAGUACCUGUAUCAUCGGCGUCUGCACAGCUUCACGUCAGUGGUAGAGAUGGUGGACGGGGCUGAAGCUAUUGAUGUUGUGGGCACUAAACCUGAGGGUGGCUCAGAGAGUACCAAGCGACUGCUGUCUCCUAUUACCUCUGAAUCUGAUUCUCCUCUUGCAAAGAGAAGUAGGCCCUCUUUCAGGAUCAUGAGUGCUAAUGCAUUGAGAGGAAACAAAGGUUCAGGCACCAAAAGUGAACUGGAUGGAAGCACUACAGCAGACUCGGACACCACAAAUCAACCUCCACCGGCCAAGCUGUUACAGGACUGGGCCCGAACGCCACUACCCCACGUUUGCCCCUACUGUGGCAAGACCUUCACGCGACGCGUCUUUCUGCGCACGCACGUCUACAGCCACACCGGAGAAAAGCUCUUCACAUGCAAGGUGUGCACAAAGUCAUUCACCAAUUCCCAGAGCCUUCUGCGCCACAGCAUGAGCCACACAGGCAACAAGCCCUUUUGCUGUGAUGUUUGUGGCAAAAACUUCUCCCAGGCAGCCACGCUGAAGAGACACCAACGCAUCCACUCAUCAAUGCUGCCACGACGCAAGCGAGGACGCAAACCAGUGUGCUCUCUGGACAGUGAGGGAGCAGCUCAUCUCUUUGCCUGUCCCAACUGUCCUUCAAGGUUCAACACUGAAGAUCAGCUUAACCACCACAAAUUGCUUCACACCAGCCACCCAUUCCCUUGCCCUGAGUGUGGAGAAGCCUUCAAACGCAGGAAAGACCUGGACCUACACUCGCUCACGCAUCAAGACAAAGAGCCAGCGACAUGUCCUCACUGCACAUCGCAGUUUGUGAACCAGUCCGUGUUGGAAAUCCACAUGCAGCGUUGUCCGGUUACAGAGGAGGAGAGGAAUACUGGCCGUGGACGGGGCCAGGGCCGUGGCCGCUGCACCGGCCAGAUUGAGUGUGACCUUUGCAGCCAUCGUUGCAUGACCCAAGAGGGCCUGGACCUCCAUCGAUUAUCCCACACAGGCCAGACACCUCUCAAGUGUCCAGUGAGGCCCUGCCGCCGCAGAUUCACCUGCAACAGUUCCCUGGAGGAGCAUGUGCUGGCGCAUCUCCAAGGAACACUCAACAAGUCCAAAAACCGACCACGCUUCCGCUGUGAGAUUUGCCACAAGGACUUUGCCUACAAUUCCACCUUCAGUGUUCACAUGAGGACACACACUGAUGAGAGGCCCUUUGAGUGCGCCACAUGUGGAAAGCGCUUCCGUCAGUUGCCCCAUCUGCAGGACCACGAGCGAAUCCACACCGGCGUUCGGCCUUUUUGCUGUUGGAUCUGCGGCAAAAGUUUCAGUGUUGCCGCCCGCCUCACUGAGCACGCCCGGACCCACAGCGGCGAGAAGCCCUACCCCUGUCCUCACUGCUCCGCUGCCUUCCGCUCUCGCCCCAACCUGGACAAACACCUCCGCCUUCACGGAGACGUGGCUCCAGAAGCCACGGAGGAGGUGGUGCAGGCCGCCGACGUGGCCCAGGUCCAGAAGGUGCUGGAAGGGGCCAAGGUGCUCUCGUCUCUGGCCGCCACCACGGAUGUCGAUCCCGGCACUAUACAGACCAUCUAUGUGCUGCAGGGACCUGAAGGAACCACUGAGACGGUCAUGAUCCCAUCGGAUCAGUUUAACAGCUUAGAUGGAACCUCGCAGGUCGUCAUCCUGCCCUCAUCGGUUCUGGGAGCUCAGUCCAUCACGGUUCCCACCAUUUCCAUGGAGGAAAGUGAAAUUACAAUGGUGGAGACCACACAGUCUCCACAACAUGCCAUUGAGUUUAUAGUGGAAGAGACCGUUUGAUCUUGAUUUAGAAACAGUUGGAGAGAAAUGAAAACAUUGUGGAGAAAAAAAGAGAGAUAUUAAUUCAGAGUAGGGAAUGUUGAUAAAUAGAAAAAUUUGGCUAUUGCAGUUAUUGUCUUAUAUGUAUAUACAUUUGUUGAUUCAUAAUCCAGUUUAAAAAAAUCCUGAUCCACAUGAGGAUUGGGAUUUUGCAAACAGAAUAAGUUUCUCCAAAUAAAUCUAAGCAGCAAUUGUUUUGAAGGAGCAUUGAAGAUGGUAAAGAUUGAUAGAUACUAUCAGGAGAGAAUACUUUAGUCAUUUGAAGUGAUGUAAAAAUGUUGUGAAAUUAGUGUUUGAUUCUUUACUAAUGUGUAUGUACAGUUCUUGAUUAUUAGGGGCAACCCAUUAAAUAGUUGUCAGCUUCUUCAUAAUAAAGGGCUUCAGCUUUCACACUUGUGAGCAUCCAUUUUGUUAGCUGGAUGACUGACGGACAUCGCUCCCGUCUCAUUAAAGAGGAUAAGCUUUAAAGCGCCAGCCGCAAUGUACGACAUAAGUCCUCACAAACAGUUCGAAGUCUUCUGCUGACAAAUGCGCAGGCCUAGUUGGCAUCGGUGUGUACCUUUUGAAACCGCUCUCCUCUCUUUCACAGGAAUGUAAGUAAAAUGAAUCUGAGUUGUGUGUAUUGAUCAGCCUUAAUGUUCCAUUCAUUUGUUCAUUACUCUGUUGAUUGGUUUUAUGCUGUAAUUUAACGCAACAAUAACAGGGAUUUUGGGGAGAUUUAUGAUAAUUUGACAAACACACCAUUAUGCAGUGGCAUCUAGUGUAAUGAAAUUAUUCAGCACUUGUUAUGAGUUUUGAAAAAGAAAAAAAAAAACCUAUUUGUGUCUGAAUGAGAAGUGGCAUAAUGUGAUAUAAGUUUUGCCAGCGCUGCAGUAGCCCAAUAUUAGGCUUCGAAUGUUCAGCAUAUGGCUGUCACCCACCCAGUGAUUGCUGACAGGGGAGUUUGAAACCACACACACACAGAAGCACUCAGUCUUAGUUUGUUUUCAAGUCAUGAAGGCAGAAAUGCUGAUGAUUGUGCGGUAAGUGAAAUGGAGAAACGGCAGCAUUUCUGCGGCGUGAGAAGACUCUCAGGAAAUGGAGCGCUUCCGAGGAGCAAAGAAGAAUCCCGAGCCAAGAAUCCGGCUGCUUCUCAUCGCCGUUCUGAGACACUCGGAGAGAAACCAGUCAAUAAAUACAAGUUUAUUUUUACCUCCAAGAAAACGUAGAAGCUCAUAUUCUUGAAAAGUGAUUUUCAUCAUACCUGCUGCCUCAGAUUGGUCUGGGUAAAAAAACCAACAAACAUGAAAUAACAUUGUUUAGCCUGGUAAUGAAAUCGUGAGACUUUGAUGCUCUGGUGAAGCAGCCUCACUGCAGUAGAAAUGUCUUUUUAAUGCAGAGAAGACAGAAAGCUGUCGGUGUUCAAUCUUUACCUCAGAAUGAAUGUGCUGGGCAUUUUAAAUGAAGAAAGAAAUUGCAUGCUCUAUGAAUUACCCUGUAAUUUGUGUGGGUAGGAGCUGACAGAUUUUAAAUAAAAAGUUUUCCUUGCA